AUGUCGUUACCAGGCAUGAGUACGGACCGGGAGAGUCUGUGUUCGCUCUUUCACGCUUGUGAUGAGGAUAAUUCUGGACAGAUUGAAAAAAACGAGUUCAUCAAAAUCUGCUCAGAGCUCAAUGUUCCACAGACGGAGAGAGAGCACAUAUUCUCUAAACUGGACAAGGACAGAGACGGGACAAUCAAUCUAGCGGAGUUCAUUAGCGGCUUCCACGGGAUCUCGGAGCAAGUGUAUGACGGGAACAUGGAGAGCGAGAGCUGGGAACACUCCUCUCCAGCCUGGGAAGAUUUCCAGACCCGACUAGGGGACCAUGCCAAAUUCAUACCCAGGUCAAGUAUGGAUCACAUUGCAAAAAAAAAAUGUAUAGGCUAAUUAAAAAAACUUUUGCUUUACAUAUUGUCAUAUAGGAAUGUAUGCAUAAAACAGUUUCAAUGUACUUUUUCAGUGUGUGUAACCAAUAGGGGGAGGGGGGGGGCCUGCAACCCAAAAAAGACAUUUUUUGCAAAUGAUAGCAUAUGAACACAUCAUAACCCAUGGCAAAAAAAAAUAGAAUUACAGGAAGUUAGCUGUAAAACUGCAACAUUUUCUCUCAGCCUUGUGGCAAAAUGUGUAGAAAAGCAUGAUAUUAGCCAUAAAACUGGGUGUUCGGAGGGGGGGCCACGAAACCUUACUGGGGCAUGUCAUGCCAAAUAAUGUCCCCCGACCAAAAAGUGUCCCCCUCUGCAUCACAUUGGGAUUUGAUAAACUAUUACCGUCCGUUGCUAUAUCAACGGUGUGAUGACCUAAUGAUUCGAAUUUUGGAGGUCAUUACAGCCUAAAUGACGUUCUUUUCAUCAUCGCUAUGCAAACAAGGCUGAUUUCCGUGACAAUUUAGCUGUUUAAACAAGUUUUGUUUAGCUAAUAAAAUGAAAACAUUACUUCAAACUACUUUUGGGUACCUUGUUAACAUUACAACAUGAAAUCCAUGUCUUAAACGUUGCUACGUUUCUGGAAAUGGCAAAUAAAACGUGUAAUCUGCUUGACACAUUAAAGUUAAUUACUUUACAGAUCACGAAGUCAGCUAAUUUCCACUCCAUUCAUAUGCAAAUACGUUUGAUUCAUACACUGGCUUGUCUGGCUGUCAUGUUCUUAUUUUAACCUGCCCUUCCUUUGUCUACACUGAAAUAAUAUAAUUUCAGUAGUCCUCUAUUAUGAUUCAUUUUUUUCAAUCUCGCAUAGUUUAUUAGUACACCCUUGUGGUUGAAUAUAUAUGUAUCUGUUGUAGGUCCAAGGAAACAACAACGAAUAAUGUGGAACAAAUAAAUACCAUCAAAGGAUACCUUACAACUUACAAUAAUGAACACCCUGUGAAACAGCUGUGAAAACCAACCUGGCAAUAUUUAAGAUUUUAAUACAUAAACGUUGAUAUUUUUUGGUACAGUUGUGUCAUUCAUUUAUUUUCACAGAUUUUGACUUUAAGAGGGAGACUGCAAAGUCCAGGCACUGCUGUUCUCUUUGUUCUGAGUGUUUGCAGUGCUAGUGUUUUUAGUUAAUCUGUGUAUCUCACAUAUUAUGUGACCAGUAUGAAAAAUAUCAGUGUUAGGGAAACUAAAACUAGCUCCAGGUUAUUUUGUGUGCAAAUUUAAAUAGUUAUUAUCUGAGAUUUUUUAUAUUCACCUUAACAGAUGGUGACCCCAGCUAGGAGCGAAAGAGCAGCAAGGUUUCCCAGGUCUCGCCUUCCUUUCGUCCUUCUUCCAAACCAAGUAAUUCGCCCGGAUGUCGUAGCACUUGGUCCCCUUAUUGAUUAUGCUCCGGUGGCUCUCCUUCUGUUUCUCCUGGAGCCUUGUCCAUGUUCAGUCUCAUCUUGAUUGAUAACAGAAAUAAAUGCAAUUAUAUUUCAUGUUACAAAUACAUUUCUUACAUAUCUCUUGGAGGGCCAGAAAAUAAAUUAUCAGCGGACAAUCAUUUUCACCUGGUCAAAAACCUCCACAUCCUUCUCAGUCCGUGCCUGAAGGUGGUCCUCGAAGGCGUUCUGAUCUGGUUCGACAACUUCCACCACAUCAGGUGGGGUUUCAGUGAUCUUAAAGUACAUUAUACAAAAAUAGCAAAAGGCAAACAACAUUACUAAGUCAAUCAUGGGUGAACUGUGGGUUGAAGAUGUCCAUCAUCAUCUUGGAGGUGGCCUCGCCAGGCUCGUCCUUGAUGGGUAUCAUACAAAACUAAAAUCUAUUUUUGGUUCCAAGCACCCUUUUUAAUGGGUUACAGAAGGGAAUUUAGAGUUAAGAACGUACUCUUCCUUUACUGACCUUAAUGGGAAUUGCCUCCACCCACUUGGUAAAGUGAUCGGUCGCCGUCAGACACCAGCUGUUGCCAUUCCUGGAUUUCGUGAAGGGUCCGAUGAGGUCCACCUCUAACAUUUAAAGUGGUCCGAUGAAGUCCACCCCUAACAUAUAAAGUGGUCUGAUGAGGUCCACCCCUAACAUGUUAAGUGGUCUGAUGAGGUCCACCCCUAACAUAUAAAGUGGUCCGAUGAGGUCCACCCCUAACAUUUAAAGUGGUCUGAUGAGGUCCACCCCUAACAUAUAAAGUGUUCUGAUGAGGUCCACCCCUAACAUAUAAAGUGUUCUGAUGAGGUCCACCCCUAACAUAUUAAGUGGUCUGAUGAGGUCCACCCCUAACAUAUUAAGUGGUCUGAUGAGGUCCACCCCUAACAUAUUAAGUGGUCUGAUGAGGUCCACCCCUAACAUUUAAAGUGUUAGAGAGAAGAUUACUUUAUUCUUACCCGUAUCUGUAUCAUACAGUACGCACAUUUUCAUAUUUAUAAGGAUACUGACUCACACACACACACACACACACCUCUGAUGUGGUCAACUAAAGCAACCAUUACAAAACAACUUAUCAGGGCAAAAUUUGAAUUGGGACACUUACCGAUCAUGUGCCAUGGUGAAACAACUUUGAUGAGCUUCAACUCCGGCGCCACAGUCUUCGCCCUCUCAAACUUCUGGCAGACAAAUUAAAACAUUGUGUGCUCUCUGAUAUGACAUUCAUUGAAAUUAUAAUAAUUUCAGAUAUAAUAGAAUGUAAUUAAUAAACUAAAGGUUAUUUCACUUGCCCAGCUGUCCACCUCAGAAGAAGCUUGGUUGAUUUUUGCAAUAAUGCACUUCACUCCGAAAUGGCCAGCAUGCAUCUCGGUAAGCACGGCCUCCUUCUCCUUUUCCCCCCUCAUCAAUCUACACACAAUGCCCCAUAAUAACAGAGCAAAAACAGGUUUUUAGACAUUUUUGCAAAUGUAUAAAAAAAAAGAAUGGAAAUAUUACAUUUACAUAAGUAUUCAGACCCUUUACUCAGUACUUUGUUGAAGCAUUUUUGGCAGCGAUUAUAGCCUUGAGUCUUCUUGGGUAUGAUGCUACGAGCUUGGCACACCUUUAUUUGGUGAGUUUCUCCCAUUCUUCUCUGCAGAUACUCUUAAGCUCUGUCAGGUUGGAUGGAGAGUGUUGCUGCACAGCUAUUUUCAGAUCUCUUCAGAGAUGUUCGAUCGGGUUCAAGUCGAGGCUCUGGCUGGGCCACUCAAGGACAUUCAGAGACGUGUCCCGAAGCCACUCCUGCGUUGUCUUGGCUGUGUGCUUAGGUCGUUGUCCUGUUGGAAGGUUGAACCUUCAUCCCAGUCUGAGGUCCUAAGCGCUCUGGAGCAGGUUUUCAUCAAGGAUCUCUCUGUACUUUGCUCCGUUCAUCUUUGCCUCGAUCCUGACUAGUCUCCCAGUCCCUGCCGCUGAAAAACAUCCCCACAGCAUGAUGCUGCCACCCCCAUGCUUCACCGUAGGGAUGGUGCCAGGUUUCCUCCAGACGUGACGCUUGGCAUUCCGGCCAAAGAGUUCAAUCUUGGUUUCAUCAGACCAGAUAAUCUUGUUUCUCAUGUUCUGAGAGUCCUUUAGGUGCCUUUUGGCAAACUCCAAGUGGGCUGUCAUGUGCCUUUUACUGAGGAAUGACUUCCAUCUGGCCACUCUACCAUAAAGGCCUGAUUGGUGGAGUGCUGCAGAGAUUGUUGUCCUUCUGGAAGGUUCUCCCAUCUCCACAGAGGAACUCUAGAGCUCUGUCAGAGUGACCAUCGGGUCCUUGGUCACCUCCCUGACCAAGUCCAUUCUCCCCCGAUUGCUCAGUUUGGCCGGGCGGCCAGCUCUAGGAAGAGUCUUGGUGGUUUCAAACUUCUUCCAUUUAAGAAUGAUGGAGGCCACUGUGUUCUUGGGGACCUUCAAUGCUGCAGAAAUGUUUUGGUACUCUUCCCCAGAUCUGUGACUCGACACAAUCCUGUCUCGGAGCUCUACGGACAAUUCCUUCGACCUCAUGCCUUGGUCUUUGCUCUGACAUGCACUGUCAACUGUGGGAUCUUAUAUAAACAGGUGUGUGCCUUUCCAAAUCAUGUCCUAUCAAUUGAAUUUACCACAAGUGGACUCCAAUCAAGUUGUAGAAACAUCUCAAGGAUGAUCAAUGGAAACGGGAUGCACCUGAGUUCAAUUUCGAGUCUCAUAGCAAAGGGUCUGAAUACUUGUUUUAAUACAUUUGCAAAAAUUUCUAAAAACCUGUUUUUGCUUUGUAAUUAUGGGGUAUUGUGUGUAGAUUGCCGAGGAUUUGUAUUUAUUUAAUCCAUUUUAGAAUAAGGCUGUAACGUAAAACAUUUGGAAAAAGUCAAGGGGUCUGAAUACUUUCUGAAGGCACUGUAUGAUUGCCUAACAAGUUGGAAGAGAAGAGUUGUUGAAAUACUCUAGUCUGAGUACAUUUGCACUGCUGUCUUUCUCUCUUUGUUUCUCUCUCUCCAUCUCGCUCUGUCUGUCUUCCACUCUCUUCCCACCUCUCUCUCCCUCUCUCACUUUCAUCCUUUCUUUCUCACUUUCAUGCAACCAGCAUAGCAACGGACGCUUUGGUUCAUUACGUAAUCGGGUCAGAAUUUAGCAAGUUCUAGCAACAGCCCUAGCAACAGAUGCGUCACUGCCUGGUAUGGCAACUGCUCGGCCUCCGACCACAAGGCACUACAGAGGGUAGUGUGUACGGCCCAGUACAUCACUGGGGCCAAGCUUCCUGCCAUCCAGGACCUCUAUACCAGGCGGUGUCAGAGGAAGGCCCUAAAAAUUGUCAAAGUCUCCAGCCACCCUAGUCAUAGACUGUUCUCUCUGCUACGGCACAGCAAGCGAUACCGGAGCGCCAAGUCUAGGUCCAAGAGGCUUCUAAACAGAUUCUACCCCAAGCCAUAAGUAUCCUGAACAUCCAAUCAAAUGGCUACCCAGACUAUUUGCAUUGCAUUACACUGCUGCUACUCUGUUUAUCAUCUAUGCAUAGUCACUUUAAUAACUCUACCUACAUGUACAUAUUACCUCAAUUACCUCGACUAACCGGUGCCCCCGCACAUUGACUCGGUACCGGUACCCCCUGUAUAUAGCCUCGCUAUUGUUAUUUUACUGCUGCUCUUUAAUUAUUUGUUACUUUCAUUUCUUAUAAUUUUUUAGGUAUUCUUAAAACUGCAUUGUUGGUUAAGGGCUUGUAAGUAAGCAUUUCACUGUACACCUGUUGUAUUCGGCGCAUGUGACAAAUAACAUUUAAUUUGAUUUGAUUUCAACAUUGCAUCCAUUCCCCCUGCCAUGGAAGAACCAUGGUUGGAGUAGAGCAGGGAUCAGGUAUGGUUCCCCUCCUAAGUAGUUCUGCUUUAAGAAAGCAAGUAACUAGAUGUGUGUUAAACAUGAGUUAACUCCAGGCACCUCUGUCACUUUUGAUUACUAUCAAAAGUAUUACUAUUAAAAGUAUUUAGCAUUUCUUAGAUUGCAUGUAAGAAGGUGUUCUCUCUGUAAGCCCUGGAUAUUAUGACCCGUGGCAUGUACCAGUGAUGCUGCCUGUCUUGACGGGGGCUGUUGACUGUGACACUAAAUCUAUAUGCUUAAGGAUUAUAUUCUGGUCACCAUGUUGAAGGCAAACACACACUCACACACUUUAGAUACCUCUACCUGUCUGACCCAGUUUUACCAAAGCCAUGAAUGAGUUACUAUCUUAAUCGGGCAGAUUAACAUGUAAAAUGGCUCCACAAUUAUUAUGCAAUCAGGGAAAUUUGAAAUUAACAUUUAAAUGUAAAUGUAAGUACCUGAAAGAGCAUGUAUAUAUUAGGUAAAUACUGUAAGCCACACAGGUAUACAGAUGAACAGGUGUGUUUCAACCCCCUAAGUGUUAAACCUACUUAUUCUCCAGUUCAACAAAUAGCCUAGAUACCUGGACCCAGCCCAUGAUGAGGAAGCUACCAUUUCAAAGUACAACAACAAUGUCAACACUGUUGAAAUGAAUGAUAUUGUUGCAGCAUGAUAGUAAUAGCAUCAGAACUUUGCCGAUGCGUUGCAUUGAUGUUAGUGUGCUGUAGAAAUGUUAUGAUAGUAGCUACUAGAGAGGUAUAUUAACUAGUGGUUCUAGAUGGUUCUAGUGGUAAAUAGCUGUUCAGACAUUAUGCUGUUGUGUUAACGUUCCCUUCCUGUCGGUCUGUUCGUAUGUCUGUCUUUCUGUCCGUCCGUCUGUUCUCCGUCUGUCUGCCUCUCUGUCUGUCUCUCUGUAUGUCUCUCUGUAUGUCUCUCUGUCUGUCUCUCUGUCUGUCUCUGUCUGUCUCUCUGUCUGUCUGCCUGCCUUUCUGCCCGUCCGUCCAUCCUCUGUCUGUCUGUCUGUCUGUCUGUCUGUCUGUCUGUCUGUCUGUCUGUCUGUCUGUCUGUCUGUCUGUCUGUCUGUCUGUCUGUCUGUCUGUCUGUCUGUGUCUGUCUGUCUGUCUGUCUGUCUGUCUGUCUGUCUGUCUGUCUGUCUGUCUGUCUGUCUGUCUGUCUGUCUGUCUGUCUGUCUGUCUGUCUGUCUGUCUGUCUGUCUGUCUGUCUGUGUCUGUCUGUCUGUCUGUCUGCCUGCCUCUCUGUCUGUCUGUAAGCCUGUCUAUCUGUCUGUCUGUUUGUCUGUCUUUUUGUGUUGUGUCUGUAGGAAUGAGCAGGCAGCCACGCUGUACCAGAACAUCAGUAUGGCAGAGCCCAGGAUGGUGCCUCAGUAUGAGAGAGUCAUCAUGAGUUUCACUAGAGAGAUCAAACAGCACAACGCUGAGAUGGAGAACCUGGCCCUGGCUGUCAAACGGUACACACACACAAACAUACACACUCACGGACAAACGCAGUUCACUUAAAAACACAUACUGUACAUACACUGCAGACAUUCUAUCAUACACACCCUCAAAUAUACACACACACACACCAACACAGAUAUAAUAUAAUAUUAUGUUCUACACACACCAACACAUAUAUAAUAUUAUUAUGUUCUACACACACCAGCACAGAUAAAAUAUAUUAUUAUGUUCUACACACAUCAACACAGAUAUAUUAUUAUGUUCUACAUACACCAACACAGAUAUAAUAUAAUAUUAUGUUCUACACACACCAACACAGAUAUCAUAUAUUAUUAUGUUCUACACACACCAACACAGAUAAAAUAUAUUAUUAUGUUCUACACACAUCAACACAGAUAUAUUAUUAUGUUCUACAUACACCAACACAGAUAUAAUAUAAUAUUAUGUUCUACACACACCAACACAGAUAUCAUAUAUUAUUAUGUUCUACACACACCAACACAGAUAAAAUAUAUUAUUAUGUUCUACACACAUCAACACAGAUAUAUUAUUAUGUUCUACAUACACCAACACAGAUAUAGUAUAUUAUUAUGUUCUACAUACACCAACACAUAUAUAAUAUAAUAUUAUGUUCUACACACACCAACACAGAUAUCAUAUAUUAUUAUGUUCUACAUACACCAACACAGAUCUAAUAUAUUAUUAUUUGUCUACACACACCAACACAGAUAUAAUAUAUUAUUAUGUUCUACACACACCAACACAGAUAUCAUAUAUUAUUAUUUGUCUACACACACCAACACAGAUAUAAUAUAUUAUUAUGUUCUACUCACACCAACACAGAUAUAUUAUUACGUUCUAUACACACCAACACAGCUUUAAUAUAUUAUUAUGUUCUACAUACACCAACACAGAUCUAAUAUAUUAUUAUUUGUCUACUCACACCAACACAGAUAUAAUAUAUUAUUAUUUGUCUACACACACCAACACAUAUAUAAUAUAUUAAUAUGUUCUACACACACCAACACAGAUAUCAUAUAUUAUUAUUUGUCUACACACACCAACACAGAUAUAAUAUAUUAUUAUGUUCUACACACACCAACACAGAUAUAUUAUUAUGUUCUACACACACCAACACAGCUUUAAUAUAUUAUUAUGUUCUACUCACACCAACACAGAUAUAAUAUUAUGUUCUACACACACCAACACAGAUAUAAUAUUAUGUUCUACUCACACCAACACAGAUAUAAUAUAUUAUUAUGUUCUACACACACCAACACAGAUAUAAUAUAUUAUUAUGUUCUACACACACCAACACAGAUAUAUUAUUAUGUUCUACACACACCAACACAGAUAUAAUAUAUUAUUAUGUUCUACACACACCAACACAGAUAUAUUAUUAUGUUCUACACACACCAACACAGAUAUAAUAUUAUGUUCUACUCACACCAACACAGAUAUAAUAUUAUGUUCUACACACACCAACACAGAUAUAAUAUUAUGUUCUACACACACCAACACAUAUCAAAUAUUAUUAUGUUCUACACACACCAACACAGAUAUAAUAUAUUAUUAUGUUAUACACACACCAACACAGAUAUAAUAUAUUAUUAUGUUCUACACACACCAACACAUAUAUAUUAUUAUGUUCUACACACACCAACACAGAUAUAAUAUAUUAUUAUGUUCUACACACACCAACACAGAUAUAAUAUUAUGUUCUACACACACACAAACACAGAUAUAAUAUAUUAUUAUGUUCUACACACACCAACACAGAUAUAUUAUUAUGUUCUAUACACACCAACACAUAUAAAAUAUUAUUAUGUUCUACACACACCAACACAGAUAUAAUAUAGUAUUAUGUUCUACACACACCAACAUAGAUAUAUUAUUAUGUUCUACACACACCAACACAUAUAUAUUAUUAUGUUCUACACACACCAACACAGAUAUAAUAUUAUUAUGUUCUACACACACCAACACAGAUAUAAUAUAGUAUUAUGUUCUACACACACCAACACAGAUAUAUUAUUAUGUUCUACACACACCAACACAUAUAAAAUAUUAUUAUGUUCUACACACACCAACACAGAUAUAAUAUAUUAUUAUGUUCUACACACACAACACAUAUAUAUUAUUAUGUUCUACACACACCAACACAGAUAUAAUAUAUUAUUAUGUUCUACACACACCAACACAUAUAUAUUAUUAUGUUCUACACACACCAACACAGAUAUAAUAUAUUAUUAUGUUCUACACACACCAACACAGAUAUAAUAUUAUGUUCUACUCACACCAACACAGAUAUAACAUAUUAUUAUGUUCUACACACACCAACACAGAUAUAAUAUUAUGUUCUACACACACAAACACAGAUAUAAUAUAUUAUUAUGUUCUACACACACCAACACAGAUAUAUUAUUAUGUUCUACACACACCAACACAUAUAUAAUAUUAUGUUCUACACACACCAACACAGAUAUAAUAUUAUGUUCUACACACACCAACACAUAUAAAAUAUUAUUAUGUUCUACACACACCAACACAGAUAUAAUAUAUUAUUAUGUUAUACACACACCAACACAGAUAUAAUAUAUUAUUAUGUUCUACACACACCAACACAUAUAUAUUAUUAUGUUCUACACACACCAACACAGAUAUAAUAUAUUAUUAUGUUCUACACACACCAACACAGAUAUAAUAUUAUGUUCUACACACACAAACACAUAUAUAAUAUAUUAUUAUGUUCUACACACACCAACACAGAUAUAUUAUUAUGUUCUAUACACACCAACACAUAUAAAAUAUUAUUAUGUUCUACACACACCAACACAGAUAUAAUAUAGUAUUAUGUUCUACACACACCAACACAGAUAUAUUAUUAUGUUCUACACACACCAACACAUAUAUAUUAUUAUGUUCUACACACACCAACACAGAUAUAAUAUUAUUAUGUUCUACACACACCAACACAGAUAUAAUAUAGUAUUAUGUUCUACACACACCAACACAGAUAUAUUAUUAUGUUCUACACACACCAACACAGAUAUAAUAUUAUGUUCUACACACACCAACACAGAUAUAAUAUAUUAUGUUUUUAUGUUGUAUUUCUGCUCAGGGCCCAGGACAAGGCCUCCAUUCAACUCAGUGAGAUGGAGGAGGAGAUGGAUCAACGCAUCCACACAGCCGAGAACAACACAAGGCAUCAG